UAAUGCCAAGUGUGCAUAUAUAAAUUAAUUCUCUUUCUGUUUUCUCAUUUAUUUUACAGAUCACAAACACACAGACACACAUGCCUACCCAACCUACCACCGUUGGCGUAAUUCUAUUCAAAUCUAACAUUGCCUUUCUCUGUGUCUUAAUGGCAUUUUCAUUGCACAUGUUUUGAUGAGAAUAAAAUAUAUCACUCCUCUGGAGCCAGAUUCUGUAAUCAGAGUCAUUCAUGUUCACAUUAACCACCUCAACCAGUAAUUUCAAUGUGGAGGUGUACCCCCCUCUGCUACAGUCCUCUCUGGCCUCCUCCUCUAUAUGGAGGCCUUUGAUGAGGUCACUGUCAUGGAUGAUUGUCCUGCCAGGGGGGGACAAAAACCUGGCUCUGCUACUGCCUCACGGGGCAACCCCCACCCCCCAAAUUAACCUGAUGAUCCUUUACUAAGUGAAGAAAUGGAAAGAAAAAAAAAUCUGUGUGCUUGGGACAAAGGAGAGGAGAAAAGACUUGCAUUUAUGGCUUUCUGUUGUCCUUAACAGCCUGUUGCAUUUGUCUUGAAGUAGAUGAAAAUGCUGCCAUUGGUAAAAUGGCCAAUCAGUCGUCCAUAUUCGGUAACUAUGGUCCAUACAGAGCGAUUGAUGGGAACCGCAAUGCAAACCUUGGUUACGGCGGCUCCUGCACCCACACAAAUGAGGAAAUGAAACCCUGGUGGAGAGUUGACCUGUUUAAUGUUCACAAUAUCUCCUCUGUGGUUGUGACGAACAGAGGGGACUGCUGCGCUGAAAGACUCAACGGAGCAGAGAUUCGCAUUGGAAACUCCCUGGUAGACAAUGGCAACAGUAAUCCAUUGUGCGCUCAGAUUCCCAGCAUCCCUGCUGGGGGAACUGUAACAUAUAGCUGUCCUGGGAUGCUGGGGCGAUAUGUUACCAUUUCACUCAGCCGAACAGGAAUUAUAACUCUGUGUGAAGUAGAGGUCUACGGCCGUGUUGUUCAUGAAGAUGUUUGUGGAAAUCCGAUUUCGCUGCUGGGACUCUUUCGCAACAUUGACUACUCUUACACCGGAUUCCCAGGUUUUCCGCGUUGCGAUUCUGCUUGGGCCGGAAGGUGGGUGCGUUUCCAGGGGAUCGUUGGGGAUGUUAUACCCGAAUCCUGUGUUGGAGCGUGCUGCUCUGGUUCACUUUCCUCCGCUUACCUGGGGUUCACUCACCCACAACUGGGGGAGGACAUCAAACAGGGCACCACACUUAUCAGGUCAUCAGUGAACUGCCUUGCCUCCGCUGUCGUGGGGAUGCGAGUUCUGGCUUGUCCCGGAGGGUACUACGUUUACCGUCUGCCGCCUGUACUGUGUCCAGUUACCUUCGCUGUUCGUCACAGCAACUGUACCUCAACCUCCUGUGGGCCAAACGCGGAGUGUACCAGUUCUGGAGGCUGUGUCUGCGUUCCAGGAUAUGGGGUACCUGUGAAUGCCCUGCCAACUCCAGAGUCUCUCUGUUUUGAUAUUGAUGAGUGUGAGAAUGACCCCGUCAUCUGUGGCCCCAACGCUGACUGCAUCAACACUCCUGGGAGUUACACCUGCACCUGUCACGAGGGGUACAGUGUACAAAUUAUGCCAGGCUCCAUAGCCAGCACCUCAAAUCCCUGUGAAGAUGUGGAUGAGUGUGUCCAAAACCCAUGUGGCAUCAACACAGAUUGCUACAACACUGUAGGAAGCUUCUACUGUGUCUGCAAGGAAGGGUACAUUUCCUCUACUGGAUUGGUCUGGGUGUCUGGGACUAGUGUGUGCCAAAGUACACAGGAAUUUCUUGCCUCUCUAACUCCUCCAGAGGGACAGUCACGUGAGAUGUUUUUCCUAAACCAAAUCAACCAGGAUUUGGAGGGCAACCCUGAUCUUGUUCUGCCUGAGGAGACAGUGACUGCUGUCCUGAGCACGACCCUCUCCGUCACAGGUAUCAUAGAGCCAAAAGAUGGCGACUCGGAGACAGCCAACGUCGUCCUAAAAGUCUCAGAGGGGCUGGUGUCCUCCCUUGUUGAGCCCGAAUCUCAGAGAAAUAAUACGGUGUCUCAGAGAACUGUGAAGACAGCAGCUGUAGAAAUGAAUUUAGUGAGCCUUAGCGGGAAUGCUACUGAGACGCCUGCUGUCCUUGCCAAGGGAAACAUGAUGACAAUCAAUCUUGCAGCUGUUGCUAAAAAUAACAACGGAUCCGCUUCUGCUGUUCUGAUGUCAAUUGAUGGGAUGGAGAAGUUCAUGAGUCCCAGCUUCUUCAAAAGUGAAAAUAUCACAGAGAUGUAUUCUGACAUCAUCACUGCCACAUUGCCUAAGACGAGGCACAAGGAGCUCCCUGAGCCUGUCAACUUCACUAUGCACCACAAAAAGGAGACGUUCCAGGCUGGGCUGGUUACCUGUGCGUACUGGAAGGAAAAUGGGAAUGAGACACACUGGUCAGUGGAGGGGUGCACAGCCUCCUUCUCCAAUGAGAACUACACUGUAUGCAGCUGUACCCACCUCUCCACCUUCGCCCUCCUCCUGCAGACGGGGGAACCGGAAGAGGAUAAUUCCCUGCUGGAGAUGGUGGACCUGUUCUGUAUGUGUGCGGGUCUGGCCUUCCUCGCCCUCGCCAUCCUCACUUUCCUACUGUGCACAUGGAACCCUAAGGUCAACAACACCGCCCGCCUCCACCUCUGCAUCUGCCUCUUCUUGGGUCACCUGCUCUUCCUGGUGGGCGUGUCUCGCACGGAGAAUGCGGUGGUCUGUGCAGUCAUUGCAGGCUUGCUGCACUUCAUCUUCCUGGCGGGCUUUGUGUGGAUGUUGCUGGAGACUGUGCAGCUGUUCCUGUUGGUCAGAAGCCUGACCAAAGUACAGGUCAUCCAGAAGGAGGGGCUGAAGACACUGUACCUCCUGCUGAUUGGCUACGGAGCUCCCAUGGUGGUGGUGGGAGUGUCUGCUGCAGUGUUUUCAGGCGGUUAUGGCAGCAAAGACAGUUGCUGGUUAAAACAAGAAAAAAAUUUCCGUUGGAGUUUUAUUGGCCCAGUGGCUGCUAUUCUCGCACUCAACUUGGUCUCAUUUGGUGUGAUCCUCUGGAGCCUACAGCCUACGCUAGCCAACAUGAAGAGUAACGUUUCCCAGUCAAAAGACACCAGACUGAUUAUCUUCAAAAUUGUUGCCCAGUUUUUUGUUUUGGGGUGCGCCUGGAUCCUGGGAUUUUUCCAGAGCAGCACUUUAUUAAAAUACCUCUUCAUCAUCCUCAACUCACAGCAGGGCACCUUCAUCUUCAUCGUUCACUGUCUGCUCAACAAAGAGGUGCGAAAGGAGUACAGGAGGUGGUUUUCAUGUCUGUUUAGAAAAGAGGGACCGUCAGGAGACAAUGCUACUAAAGACACUGUGAAUGAUGCAUCCCAACCCACAAAAGACAUGGACAAGGCAGAUCACCAUCAUCGAUAAGGAACUGAAAAAUUAAAACUUUUAUAUGGAACUGCAAAUACACAUUAAUUCAUAAAUACUUUUAAAUAUAUCAAACAAUGGAUACUGUAGACUGAAUUAUAGUGAAUGAGAAUUUCAUGAAGUAUUUAAAGGUGAUGUGUACGUUAAAUGUUAAAUAGUUUUGUGAAGUUGAACUUGCUUUCAUCUUCCUAAACUCUGUUCAUAAGCAUUUACAUUUUGCAGUUGUGUCUUGAGUGUGGAAAUAGGGGCAGGUUCCUUAACUGGAUAGAAUACACAAAAUGAGCAGAAGUAUGUGGACACCCCUUUGUCUAGGGCUGUUUUUCAUUAUUUCGGCUAGUUCCCUUAAUUCCAGUGAAGGCAAUGUUAAUACAAUGACAUUCUAGACAAUUCUGUGUUUCCAACUUUGUGGCAACAGUUUGGAGAAGGCCCUUUCAUGUUUCAGCAUGGCAAUACCCCCGAACACACAGCGGGCCCAUAUGGAAAUGGUUUUGUAGAGAUAGGUGUGGACGAACUUGACUGGGCUGCCCAGAGCCCUGACCUCAACCUCAUCCAA